CUCGUGGUUGGUCUUGAAUCGGGCCAGGUAUAAAGAUGGGCAGGAAUACCAAACAGUCUAGUCGACUCCCACGUUCCUGUGCACACUCCUCCUCAUCACUGUACGGCCACUUUCCAGAAAUACCUAGCAAUCACGAUGUCGACAUUGCCUACCACAAUGAAGUCCUGGGUCGGGGCUGGGACGGGUCCUCCACGAGGCGUUCUCCAUCUUGAAGUCGAGCGGCCGAUGCCGUCCGUACCCCUCACAGGCCAGAUCAUGGUCAAGGUCAACUACGCAGCACUCAACCCAGGGGACGUCAAAGUCAUGGCCAUGGGUGUACCUUUCAGGUCAUCUUUCGUCCCGGCAAUGGACUUCGUCGGUCAAGUUGUCCAGAUGGCUGGUGACGCUCACAAGACCACGGUUGCGAAAAUCCGGCAAGGCAUGAUCGUUGCGGGCACUCUACCCAUGGUGCAGAGCAUGUGGCGAGGGGACGGUGUCCUGGCCGAAUAUGUCGUCGUCCCUGCUCAUGCCGUGGUCCAGGUACCUGACGGGCUGCACGACGGUCCGACUGCUGCUGGACUCCUGGGUGUCGCCGGGCAGACUACAGCGGUGCUCCUGCGUGCUGCUUCACUGCGCGAAGGCCAGCGGGCGCUUGUCAACGGAGCCAGUGGUGGUGUCGGCUCAGUGUUGGUGCAAGUCUUAUCACAUAUGGGGGUGCAUGUCACUGCUAUAUGCUCUGCCAAGAAUGAAGAUCUAGUCAGGAGACUUGGGGCAGAGGAGGUUGUCGACUACAAAGCCUACGGCUCCUCGCUUUACCAGCACUUGUCAUCCAUUGCAGCCAAGCCCGCAGGCAAAUCAUUUGACGCCGUCUUCGACCUUGUGGGCGAUAGAAAGCUCUACACCUCUUCGCCUUCCUACCUGGACCGACACGGCAAGUUCCUAGACAUUGAGGGUGGUCCAUUUGGAAUGUUCAAGUUCGACAACUGGUGGCCAGUCUGGCUCGGCGGCACGCCUCGUGCUUUUCGGCCAGUUUUCAGCUACCCUUCGGGCCAAUCUGCCGCCGAAGUUGUUUCGUGGAUUGAGAAAGGGUGGAUCAAAGAAAUUGUCACAGACUCUGUCUAUCCCAUGGAGGAGGCGGUCCUCGCAUAUGAGAAGCUGGCCACAGGCAGGGCAGCUGGAAAGAUAUAUGUCAAAGUCGCGUGAGGUAAGAAUCACGGAUCCUCCCGGUGACGACUGCCAAGA